AAUUUGAAUAACAUUGUUGUCCUAAGUUGGAGUUACUCAGAAAUGAUACUCAUCAAAUUAAACAAAUUCAGAAGUGGUGCAAAGUCCCGCAAUUGUUUAUUUCCUACUAUAAAAAUCGUCUAACCGAAUCUACGAUAUGCUUUUGUUGUUUCUCGGCAUAAAAAUAAAAUAAAUACAAUGCCAGACGUUUAUUUUGGUUUUCUUUUUUUUUCAAAUUUCUGCCAGUCAUUUCGUAAACAGAGUAAUCAACUAUUCUAUGGAAUAUCUGCCACACGUGUGAACAAAGAUUUGGAAAUUUUUUUUUUUAUAAAUUUCAGAUUACCAUGAUCAGAUCAUAAAAAGGGGCGGGUGAUAAAGUCGGAGGCUUGUGUGCCAAAUAUCUAUAUAAGAAUGUCGUGUGCCUGCCUCCGUUAGUAUUGGGAAAUCAAUUGUGAAAGACACACCAGAAGGAGGUAAAACAUAAUUUUAGGCAGCAGUAGCAAAAUGUCCUACCUAACCGGAACGAAAUACAAUGAAGCGGAGAAAAUAUGGUCAGGACCAAAAUCCAAAGAAAUCUAUAGCCGUGAUAUGACUGUAGGCGAGGCCAUAGUCUUGCAGUUGCGUAAAACGCCACAAAAAGUGAUACAAAUCCUAGAGUCUACUGGAGAAACUCUUACAGCCCAAGAGUUUUUGGAUCACAGUAUGGCAUUGGCUAAACGCAUGCUUGAAAUGGGCAUCAGUGCGGGUGACAUUGUGGGUGGUUAUGCCAAACAUUCUUUGCAUUUGGGUACGGUGAUGUUGGCCUCGUUUCUCUGUGGAACACCGGUACACGGGGUGUUUCAGAGUUUUGAAAAGGGUGUCAUUGCCAAAAUCUAUGAAACUUCAAGGCCUAAGAUAAUCUUCUGCGAUCAAGAAAAUUAUGAGAAUGUCCUUUAUGUCCUGGACAAGUUACAAUUGGAUGCUAAAAUUGUGUUGAUGACCGGCAGCAUAGAUGGUGUUUUGAAUAUCAAGGAUCUGAUAAAGAAACGCGAGGAUGUUGGCGAUCUUUCAGCAUUUCCCUGCUCUAAACUGUGCAGUUCAGACACUGCAGCUAUAUUGAGUUCAUCGGGCACAACUGGCACCCCCAAAGGCAUCAUGUGCUCACAUCAAUCGAUGCUACACAAUAAUCUACAUCUUACCGUCACACAGGACUCCGUUAUAAUGUGUUUCAGUUCGAUGUUCUGGUCGACGGGUAUAUUGAAUUUCGUGCAAAGUCUCCUAUAUUCAGCGUUACGCAUUGUUCCCGACAGACCCUAUAGCCCCGAAUACUUCUUCGAUUUGGUCGAACGUUACAAGGUUACCCACUGCUUUGCCACGAGUGCCCAAAUAACAGAUUGGGUUACUAAUCAUGAUAAGAAUGUGGUACGCAACUCCCUCCAGUCCAUUGAUACCCUGUUGAGUGGCGGUACCAGUAUACCACAAACAAUACAGGAUCAAAUCAUGGAACUUCUUUCGAAUGGUAAAAAUAAACCUGGCUUUGCCAUGGGCUAUGGUACAUCUGAGAUUUUUAUAUGCACCACCAUAAAUGGUGGUUAUCCCUUCGAGUAUAAAGCCCAAACCGAAGGUAAACUCUGGCCCAACAGAGACAUGUGUAUAGUGGACGAAAAUGGCAAACGGCUGGGUCCAAAUGAAUUGGGCGAAAUUUAUGUCCGCACCCCCUACAUCUGGUUGGGUUAUUACAAGAACGCAAAGGCCACAGCCCAGGCUAAGGAUGGCGAAUGGAUACGAACCGGUGAUUUGGGUUUCUUCGAUGAUGAUGGAUUCCUGCAUCUUAAGGGACGUGCCAAGGAAAUCAUCAAAUGGCUUAGUUUCCAAAUAUCUCCACAAUCGAUAGAGGAAAUGAUCCAAUGUAUACCGGGGGUGUCAGAGGUUUGUGUAUUUGCUGUAACCGAUCUGGCGGCCGGAAGUUUGGUUGCAUGUGCUGUAGUUAGAACCCCCGACGAGGAGGGGCAACAGCUGACUGCUCAAAUGAUAAAUGAAUAUCUAGAAUCUAAAAUGGAUGGCCUGUAUCUGCUACGAGGUGGAAUUUAUUUCCUGAACGAUUUACCGCGAACAGACACCGGCAAAGUGCAACGCAUGAAAAUGCCACAAAUUAUCGAGGAAAUCGAUAGAUGAGUUAUGAAUCUGUUAUAGAAUAGUAUUGUAUUUGUUAGUAUUGUGUUAUAACAAUUGUUAGUAGUAAUUAUGUAAUGCUUAUUUUUAAAUAAAACUUAUUUUUGUGUUAUUUUGAACUAUUGAAAUAGGUGUCGAAAUGUCUACGUUCUCAGAUCUUAUUAUGCAUUUCAAUUUAC